AUGACCACCCCAUCGAUCAACGGCAACGUGGCCGAGAUCCGGAAAUUGAACCAAUACCUGGGAGCCUUUGUAGCGUCUCUCGGCGGUUUUGCGCUUGGCAUCUCGCUAGGUUGGAACUCAAAGGCCAGCGUGGUGCUGAGGAACUACCUGGACGCCACUGCCACCGAAAUUGGACUCAUCGGGGGCAUUCUGAACGCUGGCGUCUGCAUAGGGGCGAUUUUAAUGCCGUUCAUCGUUCGACGAAUUUCUAGAAUGAACAUCAUGUUCUGGACUAUGCAGAUCUUGCUUCUCAGCUGGAUCUUGAUGAUCAAGGAAAAUUAUUAUAAGGUUAUGUUUCUACUUGUUGGAAGACUGGUCUGUGGUAUGUGUGGCGGUGUGUUUUGUGUCCUGACACCGAUCUACGUGGCCGAAAUCGCGAGCAAAGAAAUUCGAGGACGUUUGCUCGCGUUCUUUCAACUUCUCAUCAACUGUGGCGUGAUGUACGCCUUCUACAUAGCUCACGUGCUAGACGAGAAUAAAACUGUGUGCAGGUACAGCAUAAUUUGCGGGCUCGCGUGCCUCUCGAUCGCGCUGGUGAAAUUAUUACCCGAGAGUCCGCUCUACUAUUUGUCGAGGAACGACGAGAUCAAUGCAGAAAAAUCCUUGAGAUGGUAUCGCGGCGACACUUACGAUGUCCAGCACGAAAUCAGCGAAACGAAGCGCCUGAUUCCUGCAACCCGCUCGAGGCAGUUUAGCCUGAAGCUGCUAAGGAAUCGUCGAGUGCUACGUUCCAUAGCGACCUGCUUCGGAGUGAUCCUGGGCCAGCACUUGUCCGGCGUCAACAUGAUGAUUUUCUACGCCCUGAUGCUCUUCGACACCAGCGGUUCUGGUGAACUGACCGGAAGCGAACAGACGCUGGUCGUCGGUGCCGUUCAAAUAUUGGUAUCCCUCUUGGCCGCGUUCCUCGUCGACGUGCUAGGACGUCGAAUUCUCCUCACUGCUUCCUCCCUUCUCAUGGGAUUAUUCCUUAUACUGCUAGGUUGGUUCUUCAGCCUACGUGACAGCGACCCCGAGUACGACGACAUCUACUACUGGAUGUCGCCUACCUGGAUCACUCUGAUCUUCGCCUCGUUCAAUCUAGGUCUUGGACCAAUUUCCUGGUCUCUCUUAGGCGACACACUUCCGCAAGAACUGAAGACUCCAGUGGUUUCCGGCGCGGUCGCUCUCGGAUGGCUGUUCUCGCUGAUGGCCACGCUAACUUUCGACGAGAUAAUCAUCUCCCUGGGCGAUACGAAGGUCAUGUGGCUGUCCUCUGCCAUAUGCUGGCUGAUAGCUCUGUUCUGCGCCAUCGUGGUGAAGGACAACACUGGCAAGAGCCUAAUCGAGAUCCAGGAGGACUUUCGUGUCACGCCUAACAGAGGGAUAGAGGAGACCUGA